AUCACCAGCAGCAGACCUGGACUGAGGGAGUUCCUAACAUUUUGCUUUUGUUUCUGCCAGCCUAAUGUCACACAUGGAUACCGAAGGCAAUGCUCUUCAGGUUCCCUUGCGUCAGAAGCCGAAGAAGAAAACUCAAGGUUUUUUCACCAUGAGUCGGAGGAGGAUAUCCUGUAAAGAUCUGGGGCACGCUGACUGCCAGGGUUGGCUCUACAAGAAAAAGGAAAAGGGAACUUUCCUAAGCAACAAAUGGAAAAAGUUCUGGGUGGUGCUGAAGGGGUCGUCGCUGUACUGGUAUAGCAGUCAAGUGGCAGAGAAAGCUGACGGAUUUGUCAACCUGCCUGAUUUCACGGUGGAAAGAGCAUCUGAGUGCAAGAAAAAACAUGCAUUUAAGAUCAAUCACCCACAGAUCAAGACCUUUUAUUUUGCAGCCGAGAAUUUGCAGGAAAUGAAUGUGUGGUUAAACAAACUUGGAUUAGCUGUGAUCCAUCAAGAAUCUACCACAAAAGAUGAAGGCUACAGCACGGGCGUCUUCCUCCUCACCUAAACUGAGAGAAACAUCGUGUUCUAUCUCUUCUCUGGAAAAUACAGUAAAGACACCCAGCCGAUUUUCUUCCUCAGGAUCUAAAGAAAAACAGUCCUGGCUGGACAUAGUUAACAGCUCUCCUGCUGCUGAAGAUAUGGGGCACCCCCUGACAUUUGCUGUGCAGGUCCACGCACCCACAUUCUUAGAGGCAAACAGUUGCCAGGCUCCAGAAAAUAGCUUAGUCACAUCAGAAAGCAGGUUUUUGAACUCUUUAUCCAGUGAUGACACUUCUUCAUUGAAUAGCACUCAAGACCACCUGACUGUCCCAGACAGAGCUCCUGGAUUAAGAAUGGACAGAGAAGAAAUAAAAGUAUCCGAAGAUGAUGAGAUGGAGAAACUUUAUAAAUCAUUAGAACAAGCUAGUUUGUCUCCUCUUGGGGACCGGAGACCUUCAACCAAAAAGGAAUUGAGAAAGUCCUUUGUGAAGCGAUGCAAAAACCCAUCCAUAAACGAGAAACUUCACAAGAUCCGAACCUUGAACAGUACAUUGAAGUGUAAAGAACAUGAUCUAGCCAUGAUCAACCAGCUGCUGGAUGAUCCGAAGCUGACAGCCAGGAAGUACAGAGAGUGGAAGGUCAUGAACACCCUACUGAUCCAGGACAUCUAUCAGCAACAGCAGGCCCCGCCAGGCCCUGAAGGCACCUCCCAGGAACUCAAGAAGCCCAGUCCUUCUGACUGUGUGGAAAAUUCUCUUUGAGAAAAACCCAGGAUUCCCUCUUCCUUGUUACUGCAGUUUCUUAUGAGAUGUUGCACAAGACCUUCACUCACAAGGAAACCUGAAACCCAGUCCCUGGGGCAUCACCUCCCCACCCUCUAAAGACAAUGCCAGGACCCCCUGUUCCCAUGUGUCACUUUUGUCAAGGCUGGAAUGAUGGAGCUCAUUUGAGCAGACAGAUUUUCUGUGUUCCUACUGGGAGCUCACAGGUGGGAUGUGAAAAAUAUCUCUGUCCUUUGCUUUCAAGGGAAUUAUUACUUAUCAUAGAUAAAUGAUCCAGUUUUACUAGAGAUAAUAAUUCAUAGCAUCCUUCUGUUUUGUAAAAGAAGCAAGUGGACCCUCCACCUUGGUGGUCAGCAGAGUUCUGUCCAUUUUUAAGUGGGGGAAUGUCUUCCACAGCAGUGACUGGAAUAGGAUGCAUGCUGGUAUUGUUGAACAAAAAGGUCUUACUUUUGGUAAAGAAUAGCGGUACUUUUCUACUUGUGGAGAACUUCUUUGUAGACUAAAACCUGGGCAAAAUGGGGAGUGGGGACCCCAAGGGGAGGCAUGCUCUGCUCCAGGCUCAUAAAGGACAGCUUGAUAUUUUCAUGUUUUACCUAGGGUGGGGCAUCUGAGUAAUGUUCCUUUCCUUACGAUGGCUAGGAACCAGACUCUCAUAUGACGGUGGGGACCUCUGCUCCCUCACAGCUUCUCUGAACGGUGGUAAGAGACAGUAAUGCACACAGCAAGGAAUGCUAUGUUGCAUUUAUCACUGGCUAUGAUGCCUAGAACCAGUAUGAAUUUCGAACCAGUUUUCCUGGGAACAAAUUUCACAAGAUGAUUCUGAGGUGUUUUUAACUUGGGGAAAACCCAGACCGAUAUAAACAACAACAAAAGAGUUAAACACGAUUGUUUUAUUUUUCUAUGUUUAUGUGUCAUAUGGUGUGAGAUGUGAAUAGCUAUCUAUGUUUCUUAUUUAAAUAUAUUUAUAACAGUGCAAAUUAUAGUGUUUUAAAAGAUGGUAUGCUAUUAUGUUUUGUUUAGUAUAAAUAUAUUCUAGAAGCAUACAGGUUUUGCUUGAGAAAAAUAAAUAUAUUAGUGACUUACUGGAGUUAUGUUGCACUAUGAUGUGUGAGGGAUGCUCAGGAAAUCUUGUGAUAAAAAUAGGGAAGCAUUGAUAACUAUUUACUUUCUGAGUGCUCUCUCUAUAUUGCUCUCUCUCUCUCUCUCUCUCUCUCUGUCUCUCUCUGUCUCUCUCUCUCUCUCAUCUUUCAACUCCAGAGCUCUUAAAUUUCUAUGCCUGUUGUAAGUCAUUCUCCCAACAUUUACUUUAGGCUAUCCCUUCUAUUAAAUAAAUUUAAAGCUUUCUGACAUAUAUUCCAUAAACUGUUGACCAAAUAAAACACAACUAAUGAGCUCUUAGAUUACAUGAAACACAACCAAUAUAAUUCUCAACUAAGUAUUAAUAGAAAUUGUGAUUUGUUUUAAAGAGAUCUCAUGAAGAAGCAACAUGCUAAUCACAAUGACUUUUUCUCACCAUGAAAAUAACCACCACCCACCAAGAACCCAUGUAUGUCCCUCCUGCCUUUAGCAAUUGUGGACAUACACGGUCAUUUCAUAAUCUCCAAUGUGACUUGACAUAUAAAUAGAUAUAACCACCUGAACUAUACCUACAAAGUAAACAGAAAGAGUUGUUUAAUAUUUCGCCAAACUUUACCAGAAUCUCUUUCAUAUACUGUAAACGAAACUAACCUUUGCAUUACAAAAGGAAAAUAAACCAGGAAGCAAAGCUGAACUAGAAGAUGGAAUGAGCUGAGAGACUGCAUCCAAGAUGAGCUGGAAAGAGAAGUUACUGAGGCUUUGUGGUUGUAUGACACUGAAGUUUCAGUGGCUAAUGCCUCAUCCUCUUUACUCUGGGAAUCACCACUGAGUCUGUAAAAACAGCCCUUAGGAGGCCGGUGGUGAGGUAACAGCAGUGCAAAUGUCAAUGUGGCAAAAAUAUUCUUCCGCCUCUUUUCCUUGGUUUGUACUGUCAUAAGUUUCCCCUAAUGAGCUCCAAAUGCUUUUGAUCAAGGUUCACUCAUAUAUUUAAUUAGUUUUCCUUUGGCUUUUUAUGAAUAUACAUUUAACUGACCCGUACAUGUAAAUUCCUUUAGUACCAUUCAAAUCUAAAGGCAAAAUUGUCCCAUGCGGUUACUUGACCAAGACUUAAGAUUAUUUUUAAAAGUCUCUUCAAGAAAAGUUGGACUGGAAGUUUCUGUUUUGGUAGUUAAAACUAAUAUGCAGAAUAUUCCCAAGCCAAGGUCUCACUGAACUGCAAGGUUUUGCAUCCUGCCCUUCUAUAUCAAAAAUCACCCGUUCCCUGUAUCUUCCUUUGUAAAUAAGGGCUGUCACAUCUCCUGUGUGCACUAUGUUGAGUUAGGAACUAUGGGUCACUUCUGUGGGUGCCCAGCCUCAACUGUGGCCACUAAGAGGAGGGUGGGGGAUUGAAGAGAAUGAGUUGAAGAGUGGGGGGCACUUCCUGUGACCCUCAGUUCAGGAGGAAUGCUGAUGAGUUCUCGUUCCUUUCCUGGUACAAGAAAUUUGGGGGAAAAUUCAUCCCCCCAGUUCAUAGCUGGAAGAUGGACCUGGGAGGCGGGUGGGGGUGCACUCCUGUAGCUGUUCUUGUGGAAUGUCCUAGAUCCACGACUGCUCAGGAUACAGGUGGAGGAUCUUUGAGUACACAUCCUUCCAACCUGUGGCACUGGCUAAGGUUAGACAUCUCUAGGGGACUGCACCUUGGGCUUGGGUCUCUCUGUCCUUGCUGAUAGACCCAGACUAGAGCCUAACAAGAGACCCUCACUGGUUGAAACAUUGCUGACACACAUUGAGCCCCUCACCCUUCUAGCCGAAGUAUGUCUGUUGCUUCUAAGAACUCCUAGUUCUGCCACAGUCGCUCAAAUCUCACAAUAGAAUCAGAAUCCCAGAAAGAAUCCUAAAGCAAGUGAUUUACUAAGAUUCCAGAAGGCCUAGGGAGAUUUGAUUGGGAGUAAGACUCAUGCCUUAUAUUUAACAGCACUUUGUAACUUGCAGUGUGUGUGUUCCAGACCCCAUCCCCACCCCAACCCAUUUGGCCUACUGCUCCAUAGACAAAUUUUGAUGGCUGUGGACUAUGGGACACAGUGAAAUGCUUGGCUCUAAAUCCCAGUGGUAGAGCCAGAAUUUGUGUUUCAAUGUUGGGUCUCUCAGCAUCUCUGCUUUGCUGCUACUUAGAGAAAGUACUGUUGGAGCACAUCCCCAUUGAGGUACAAGUGGUCCAUCACACUGGACUCAGCACAGUGACCUGGUUGGGGCGUGGCUUUUGCUAAACCUUCCCUGUGAACCCCCAGGGGCUCUGCCUUGAGCCGUCUCUCCCCCUAGAUCCUGAGUUCCUUGCAUCUGGGUUUUCUGAAAACUGGGGCUUGGCAUAAUCUCUGUGUUUCCUUUCUUUCUUUCUUUCUUUCUUUCUUUCUUUCUUUCUUUCUUUCUUUCUUUCUUUCUUUCUUUCUCUCUUUCUCUAGAAGAUGCUAUGGUUACUACCAUGAGAGCUUAAAGAAAAGAGGAAGAGUACGUUUAAGGAAAUGCAAAGUGUUUAUUUUGUUAUUUUUCCACUUGAGGCUUGUCAGAUGUCAGGGAAUUAGUGAUUAGGAUUAAGUCCUCUUGCCUUCCUCUCAAUUUCUUCUCAUGUAAUUAUAAUUAUAUCAUUUCCUCAGGGAGAGUUCAAAUCACAAUAUCAUAGAGAUGAAACAAAUUAAAUAUUUUUAAGUCUUUUCAGUAGGGGUGCUGUACUAAUUAAAGCCAUACUUAAUUUCAUGAACACAAGUUUUGUUGUAAAGAAGAAAGACAAUUUUUUGAUAUAGCUAUGCAGAUAAUUUAUUAAAAAAUUUAGAUAUAGAGGAUGACCAUCUAAAUGUCACAUUAUAUUGAAGAGCUUCUCUAUCCAAAGGAUGUAGCUUGGCUUUGGUCUAAUAGAAUGAUAUGGAAGGUUUCCCCACUUAUUUCCCCUCAAACAUUUCUGUAUACUUACUCCACAAGAGAAAUUCAGUCUUACACAUGGACAGUGACUGCCUGCCUGAUGUUUACUUUUGCACAUAAUAAAAGCAAAAGCCCCUUCAGCUGGAUUUUUUCAGUCCUUGUGAAUGGAUAAGGGAGGGGCAUUCCAUUCACAGAAAACCAACCAUCCCAGUGAACCAUGCCACACAGAGAACAUUAAGAAUGGAUUCUGCUUUGAAAAAAAAAAAGCUAAACAAACCCGAAAAUGUUUUUUCAUUCCCCUUGCUGUGAGGAAACUUAAUUGCUCUGUGUUGAUGUUUCUUUAGCUUCGGUCCAAAGGGAAGCAUGCCCCAUGGAGAUAUUUAACACUCUGUAAUAAAAUCCAUGAUUUCCAGUCACCACACAUUCUGGUAUCUGCAUGGUGGGAAUGGGGUUCAACAGUGCAUGGUAUUUGGGGCAAGAUGUUAAUAUGGGAUUGAUAUCUUAGCUGUCGUUGUGAUUUUGGUCUCUGUUGUAUUUUUAGUUGUAUACUUAUUUGCUGAACUGAAAAAACAGGCAUGUGGAUUAUCUCCCCUUCCCUGCCCCUUCCAGAAUGACUUGUAGAAUAAAGAUAAAAACAAAUGAAA